CCACUCACACACUCACACACAAUUUGCCAUAAAGUUUGACAAAUGCUCAUAUGAAACACGGUAUUCCCCCAAAUCCGCCAUUGACAAACAUCAAUACCUGGUUCCAACAUUGCUGCAAUUGACCAACUCCGAUCUCUACAGGAAUCUGUCAGCAAAAUUCAGUUCACAGUCUCCAAUUAACAGUAUCAUCUGCUGAAUUUCGGUCUUCCGGUGGAAAAUUAACUGAUUCUCAACAACUUUGUCUUGAUUAUCCUUUUCUUACUUGUUUGAAGCACUACAAUGGCGUCUGAUGGUGAAAACGAGCCAUUUCUAACACUCGAACACGAACCUAAACCUCAGCCGGAUUGUUUUGCUUCAACCAAAAGCAGAAAGUUAAAACGCUGCAGAAGCGCCCCCAUGGUCGAACUUCCACAAGGAUCCAAAAUCGAACGCCUUUUAGAAAACCCAAAAUCCAUCUUCGAUCAACUCAACCCACAUCUCACAAGGGUAGCCAUCUACUUAUUCAUAUACCUAAGCAUAAGCACACUCUGCUUUUACCUCAUGAGAAACCAGAUUUCCGGAGAUAAAACAAACGGCAUUCUUGAUUCGAUCUACUUCUGCAUCGUAACAAUGACCACCGUCGGAUACGGUGAUCUUCUUCCAAACAGUGCCACCACAAAACUACUCGCCUGUGCUUUUGUAUUCACCGGAAUGGCACUCGUCGGAAUCAUUCUCAGUAAAGCCGCUGACAGUUUGGUUGAAAAUCAAGAAAUCUUGCUAGUGAAAGCAUUUCAUCUGCGUAAAAAAGCUGGAGCAUUGGAGACCCUAAGAGAAAUGGAAACCAACAGAGUGAGAUACAGAUGUCUAAUCUUGUCCAUCUUGCUUAUCGUCCUCAUAGCUUCCGGGACAAUCUUUUUAACCACAGUUGAGAAAAUGGAGUUUGUCGAUGCGCUUUACUGUGUUUGUUCCACCAUUACAACUUUAGGAUAUGGAGAUAAGAGCUUUUCAACAAUAUAUGGACGUGUUUUUGCUAUAUUUUGGAUCUUGAUGAGUACCAUAUGUUUAGCUCAAUUGUUGUUUGCUUUUGCUGAGUUGUAUACUGAAACUAGACAGAGGUCAUUGGUGAAAUGGGUUCUUACAAGAAGAACAACAGCUGCUGAUCUUGAAGCAGCUGAUCUUGAUGAUGAUGGUGUUGUAGGGGCUGCUGAAUUUGCGAUUUUUAAGUUGAAAGAAAUGGGAAAAAUUACUCAAGAAGACGUUUUGGUUAUUUUGGAAGAGUUCAAGAGUCUUGAUGUGGAUGACUCUGGGACUUUGUCCGCUUCUGAUAUUUAUCUUGCCCAAUCAUAAAGAUGAACAAGUUUAAAAAGGAAUCAUGAAACUCCUACUCACCUUGUUUCAAUUUCAUGUAUUUUUGGAGCCAAAAAUUGUAAACAUAUUUGUUUCUUCUAUAAAUGUUGUAAAAAGCAAGUAAGAUCUUGCAUUUUCUUUGGAAAUUUGUAAAAAGGAAUAUACAAGGUUGUUUGGACAUGUUUUGAUUCUAUGUAAAUCUUAAAUGUUUGAUCUUUUACACAAA